AUGCAGAACCUCUGGCUGGACGGUGAGCGGGGAGGGGACUCACCGGGCACCACAGGGAGGCUGAAGAGCUGGCUGUGGGGCAGCAACAGGAGCGCCUGCUUCUCCAAGCCUCUGAGCAGCGCAGAGACAGAGACCGGCCCGCUGUGUGGGCGGGGGCCGGGAGCUGGCGGGAUCCCAGGGCCUCGUCAGGACCCAGGAUCCAGGACCCUCCCGCCAGCUGUGCGACUAAAGCCUGUGCAGCUGGGAGAGCGGGUGGAGGUGCAGAAGGGCACCCCGGGGAGGGGCCGGGCGUCGAGACAGGGCCACACUGCAUUCCUCUCUGCUGCUCAGCUCUCUCCACCCUGGAGUGUCGGGGCUCACCCUCCAGCAAAGGGCCACGGCGGACCUCUGAGCUGGACCCGGAUAUCCGCUGCCCGCAAGCCUCGCCAGAGACACCUGCCGUGUGAAGCCGAGCACAAGACCCGACAGGUAAAGCAUCCCGUGGAGGAAACUCAAACUUCCCCAAGCAGUAACGACAGUCUGGGCGAACAGCUCUGGGGGCCCAGACCGCCCAGACCGCCCAGACCAGAAGAGCCCAAGCCUCAUUUCUACAACACACGGCGUGCGUGUCCGCGGAAGGUUUCCUUAAGGCCCGUGUGUGACCGCGUGCCCGCCUCUACACGGGAUGACGAGGCUCCCCUUUCUGAACAUUCCAUCCUAACCCUAAAUGAAAGGAACCCAGCCACCCUUGCUCGAGGGUCACGGCUUUGGAAGUGAUUUCCCGUGAUCUCCUUCUUUGCCGCAAAUAAAGUCUUCUUUGUGUGCUAACUCGCCUGGUGGAGGUUCUAUGUGUGACUCACCAAGGAGGGAACUCA